CCGACUUGGCUGCCAAUGUCAGCACUAUGAGGAAGACUGACUUCUGACAGUUUAGAUUUCUUUCAUGCAACGUCUUUAUUGUAGGCUUCCAUGGUCUCUUUUAACGUAUCAAGUGUCCGCUCAGAGUCAUGAGCGACUGGUGCUCUUCGGUUAGCCCGUUUCCUGCAGGCAGUCUCCUACCAGUUUUCCGAGCUCGUCGAACUCCGGCUAGCCAUGGUAUACCGUGGUAAACCGAGUGGCGGAUGCGACACCUGUCGCGCGAGAAAAGUCAAGUGCGAUGAAACAAGACCCGUCUGUCUACGCUGCACCAAAGCUAGGCGUACCUGCGCCGGUUAUCGGGAUCAACUUUCCCUGUGGUUUAAAGACGAAAGCGACGCCACCGUGCAGAAAGUGAAGGCAUUGGAUAAGUCGGGCUCGGACGACUCAGCCCCACCAACAACGGCCGGUGUAGCGAUACGACAGGCGGCUGCCCAAGUAUAUCGCCUCCAGCACUUGACCUUCUCAAUCCCCGUCUUCAAUUUUGCGCUGGACCACAUCUUCCAAGCCACCUGCCUGUUUCUCAAGUCGUAUUCAUGGCUCAAUGUCUCAUGCCUUGUAGAACAGUCUCAGACGCAUGCCCUCUCUACUGGCGAAAAAGCCAUGAUGACGGGCAUUGCGUCGGUGGGUCUUGCUAAUCUCGCUAAUCUUCAUAAUUCACGUCCCUAUCGAAUAUCUUCAAGAAGCGAGUAUACCACUGCUUUGCAGUUAACAAAUGCUGCUCUUUGUGAUCAAGAAGCGGCCAAAGAAGACACCACGCUCACUGCGGUGGCUUGUCUCUCGUUGUAUGAAAUUAUCUGCUGCGACAAGGAAUCAUCCUUGCUAUCUUGGUAUGAACAUGCACGAGGCAUUGCGGCCCUACUCGAACUUCGUGGAGAGGAACAGCUCCAUCGUGAAACCGGUCUGCAAAUGUUCCAAGUCCUGAGAAAUGAAGUGCUCAUCGGUUGCCUGCAAAAGCGAACACGAAUGCCUCCUACUCUCAUCAGGACUCCAUAUCGGCCAAAUUCCACUGCUCAGAGUUAUUGUGCAGAUAGGCUGGUGGAGAUUGCUGCCGGUCUAUGCGAUCUUCAAGUUCAAAUGAGCGAGGAAGCAGUCACUGACAGCGUC